GCGUCGACAGCUUCCCAAAACAUCCUGACAGGAUUUUCAACAACUUAUUUGCUUUAUGAUGUAAUAAUGUUCCUGUCGGCUGCAGCUUUCAAACUUAUAUGAACAUGCUGAGGAAAAGGGUAAUUGCAAUGUCUCCUAGUAGCGUUAAAUGGAAAGAACUACAUAAUAAAGGCGUUAUUUUUGUCGCGCACUAAUUAAUAAUAUCCACCAGAGCGGGGAAUUCACAGGAAGUAGCUACUCUGUCCACUUCAGACCUCUUCACCAGUCAUAUGUUCUUAUUGCAGUAAUUAUUGGCAGCUUUAUUUCUGUCAGACAAUAAGCGUUGCGAAUUUCCGAUGCAAUCAUAACAGUCAGCGAUUAUGAAGCAUGCACUUGAGAUCCGCUUGACCUGAUAAACUCAGGUGCAGUGGUUGGGGUAUUACGCCAAAGGUGAAGAGACGAUACCACAGUGACGUAGGGGUAAUAACUGGGACAAAGCAGUAGAAUAUAAAAGCUCUAGAGUCACAACAUGCACUCCAAAUCUCGUCUGCGAGGAACAACAACACACCUAAGAGGAAAUCCCACUGAAUCCGGACGUGAUCCUACCUAAAGGAUGAAGUUCCUGACUUUGCUUGCUGUGAUGUGCUGCUGCUGCCUUCUGCGCGGCCACGCGAUGCACCUCACGCGCCCGCGCCCCAGACCCCUAGACAGCUCCUCCACCUGGAACAACCUCUUCAUAAUGACUAAACAUGCACAGAUGGAAGAUACAGACCACGAGACAAGACUGCUUCCAGUGUUCUCUGAGGUUAUGCUAAAAGAGGAGAGUUCUUGUUGUGUCAACUCCAUGAUUCUGAAUUACUAUCUAAAGCACAUCUUGCACCCAGAUGAGCAUGUUGAUAAAAAAUACCCACACAUUCGUUUUGUGAGGUCUGACCUGCAGAGGAUCGCACACAUUUUGAAGCCGCACUGUGAAAACUUCGACUUCGUAGACCAUGUGCAUGUUAAGGAAUUCGAGAAGAAUUAUAAAACUGCCAGUGAACAGGGAUAUGAGAAAACUCGUAACAAAGCAGUCGGAGAGACGAUUAUUCUCUUCCACUACCUCUUUGAAUCCUGCAAUCCAAAAAUAUGACUCUGAAACUCUCCUCUGCAGUAUUUCCAUCUAUUUUUGUUUUUUUUAUAUUCAAAGGAUUAUUUAUUAUUGAGUUAUUUAUUUGAGAUAUUUAUGGUAUGCUAUAGAGAUUUUUAAGAAUGGCAUGGAAACUGUGCUUUCAUGCUGUGUUUUGUAAGGUCACGUUUGUGGCUGUUGUUGUGGCUGACUUGGGCUGAACAUCCCAAGAAAGACCGCUACAAAGUAAAUGCAUUUUAAAAGCAUUAACACACCAAGUUGAAAAAAAUAUGAAUUUAAUGUAUUCUGCAAUAUUUGAAUUUAGCU